AUGGCCUCCCCAACUCCCCGGCAUUCUGCAGAUUUUCUGUCUCCAGCAUCUUCUCCCUCAUUUUCUCGAAAUGAAUAUCCCUUUCCGCGGCCCGGCUCGAGCCAUAGAUACCAGCCCAGAAGGGGCUCUACAGCAAGUUCUAUAAACUCGAUAGGCGGGUCGAUACAUUCAAUCGGAGGGGCUUUGGAUACAGCUUCAAGCUGGCAUGGUAUCAAUGAAGCGAGCCAAAAUGCCAUAUCUACACUACUUCAACCUCCCAUCGUAAGGACCGGUCUACAACCUCACACCUCAGCCACUGCGUUCAGUGCCCAGAAACCUCCAACGUCUCGCGAUAUCCCCCCAGUGACGCUCACGAACAUACCUCAUAUCGAUCCGGCGGAUUUCAAGCAAUACUUGUCGCAGGUUGGGGCUCUGUACGAUGCAUUGCAACGCGCAAAGGAAAACGAAGAGGACGGUGGAACGCAGCUGCUACGGAAAGGCAACAAGACAGACGAUUUUUCGGACUUGCUAGAAGCCGAUCGGCGUCCAAAUCUUACCAAGAAAGCGUCGCUAGCAUCGCUUGCCUCGUCUAUAGAGAGCCCCAAGCCUCGGAGGAGAUCGAGUGGAGGAACCAGACGAGCAGCGCACGCCCCAACGCCUCUGGCGACGAUUCCGAAUGUUUACUUCGAGGAGGAUUUCCAUCUGGAGAAUCCCAGAACUUUUGAUGUCGUCAGCGAGCGCUCAGAGGUGGUACGGCCAGCGGCCGGAACACCAGAUGAGCGCAAGGGAACAAGUGGGAGUAGUCCUGGACCGAGAAAAGCUUUGGCAACAAACGCCAUACUUCAGGAAAAGUUGUCUUGGUAUAUGGACACCAUCGAAGUCCAUCUCAUAUCGUCAAUAUCAACCGCUUCCACUUCUUUCUUCGCGGCAUUGGGCUCGUUACGAGAGCUUCAUUCUGAGGCCGCAGACUCUGUGGAACGCAUCAGGGUUUUACGAAAAGAACUAGCGGACUUGGACCAAGAAAUGGCAAAAGGAGGACUAAGUAUUGUCAACAAAAAGCGCAGGAGAGAAAACUUAAAACAGCUGGGUGAUGCUGUACAGCAACUGAAGUUGGUUGUGGACGGGGUCAAGAGCUGUGAAUCGCUAGUUGAUAAUGGAGAUGUUGAAAAAGCGCUCGAUGCGGUGGACGAUUUAGAAACCCUGAUUGCGGGGGAAUCGGCACAAGAAAGAAAAGACUUAAAGAUCCAGCUUCGUGAUUUACGAGGGGCAACAGCUUUACAAGGCGUCACCAAUGAUCUAAAUACCUUGCGAUUUCGUGUUGGCAAAACAUUCGAGGCCAGGUUUCUCAAUUCCCUACUUGGGGAUCUGAGACAGCACGUUGAUGCAGUGUCAGCUCCCGAUACAUUAAGACGAUGGGCAAGUGCGUCCCAAAGGACAAGAGGGGGGCACAAUCGUGAGCCUUCGGCAUAUCCAUCGUAUCUAGUACUGAGCGAAGACUUCCGAUCCGAGCUAUCAUCGAAUUUAAAUGGUUUGCAUCGCGCUCGCCACACCUCGCCGGCAACAACCGCCUACCGCGAAGCAGUUCUCCGAGAAAUUCGUAAUUUGAUUCGGCGUGCUUUACCGGCAUCAAACGACGACGAUGCUGAUUCUAUGCUGUCUUCUUCGACAAUCGGGGCUGGGAAACAAAAAUCUUCGCAGGAGAAAUCCUCGAUACUGGCACGCAACCUCCGUGCUCUUGACCCAGAAGAUGCCGAAGCGUUGCUCAGGAAGACAUAUAUUGGUGUGGGUGAAACAAUGAGGCGGCUCGGCACUCAAGUCAAAGUACUCUUAGAUAUCACGAGCACUAUUGCAGAUCCCGAUAACCCCGAAGCAGUUGGAAUGAAAUCUCCACCUAGAAGUCCUAACAUAGCGGCAAUUGAUUCGAGGAUACGUGCUGAUAUGCCUAAGAUCAAUCGGGGAUCCAAUAUUCAGGAAGAAAUGCAUCAAGCUCUCGAUAUGUCGAAUCUUUUGGGUCAGGCAGUUGACAUAGCCCAGGAAAAGAUCGUCAAAGUACUUCGAGUGAGGUCUGAGCAGACCAUACACCAGCCUGUGGAGAAUUUCUUGAGAUAUUUCAAUCUAAAUUUACUAUUUGCGAACGAAUGUGAAGCCGUCUCUGGUAGAAGUGGGACCGCUCUCAAGACAGUGGUUAACGGUCAUAUCAAGGAGUUUGUUCAACAAUUAUGCGAUACAGAACGACAGGCUUUGGCCAAUGGGAUGGAUGCAGACCCCUGGACGGCGAAAGAUUUCACAGAGGAGGAUACAGAACAACUGUCACAUAUACUUUCCGCAAGUACCCAUGAUGCAGAAGCUUGGAGUUCUAGGAGUAAAGUGUUGCAAGCGCCUUCACAAGCUCCUUCGAGUUCGUCAGCAGCACCCCCACGGCUUGUCAUCAGCGGCAAUUCUGGUACAUCAACACCCUCUUCGGCUACCAAAUCGUCCACUCGCUUUGCUGUCAUCGAGGGUGAAUCAUUCAUCCUCCCGGUGUCUGCUUUCCUGUGCUUGCAUGGUUUGACUUCUUUCUUGCACCUUAACACUGGAAUUCCAUCUAUGACUUCUGAGAUUGCAACAUCGACAAUUUCAUAUCUGAGCCUGUUCAAUUCUCGAUGCACGCAGCUUAUCCUUGGCGCCGGUGCUACGAAAUCAGCAGGUUUGAAGAAUAUUACCACGAAGCAUCUUGCACUGGCUGCGCAAGCUCUUUCAUUCAUAAGCACCUUGAUACCACACGUACGGGAGUUUGUUCGCCGCCAUGCUGGGACUGGCUCUUCUGUCUCCAGUCUCAUGGGCGAGUUCGACAAAGUCCGACGAGCCUAUCUGGAACAUCAACAGUCGAUAUAUGACAAGCUAGUCGAUAUCAUGGCUGGUCGUGCAGCUGCUCAUGCAAAAGCUAUGAAAGCGAUCGACUGGAGUUCCCCUGACAGAGGCACUGUGAGCCCGUACAUGGAGCAAUUGACCAAAGAAACCGGUACACUACAUCGUGUGCUUAAUAAGCAUCUUCCUUCUAUGACGGUCCAGAUGAUUAUGGAACCAAUCUUUAAAAGCUACAAAGAACAGUGGGGUAGAGCGUUUAGUGAUGUUAGUCUUGGUAGUGAGUCAGCUAAAGCUAGGAUUCUCCGCGAUGCGGAGUUCUUCAAGACAAAGGUUGCGGUUUUGGGAGACUCUGGAAACACAGGGGACCAUCUUGUGACCGUAGUAAAAGGAAAGAAUGUACCGAAGACUAAAACAGCAACACCACCACCAGCUACCGAGACAAAUUCGGAAGUGAUGAGCAAAGGUUCGGAAGCCUCGAAUGAUGAGAGUAAUGGAGUAAUGUCGUCUGAGACUGAUGGGAAGGAGCAGGCUACGGAUUGA